AUGCGCACGCCAUUCAACGUUCCGGUAGCAAUACUCCUACGAGCCGAGCCAGACGAUGUAACUCGGUCAAAUUUGAUUCAGUGUUUCAUACUCUCAAAGUUGUCGCGCCACGAAUUGGUCAAACACAUUGAACGCAUCUGUUGCGUAUACGGUUAUAAGGGCCCGUUUGAUCUCUUCCGCAUCUGCCUUCUGUUCCUUACUCAGUUGCCGACACACGGCGAGAGCACUGCCUCGCACUCUCUUUCUUAUUAUGUUCCUAUCUAUCUAUCUAUCUAUCUAUCUAUCUAUCUAUCUAUCUAUCUAUCUAAGAUUUUUAAUCUAGCUAGCUAUCUACCGCAGCUCUCUUUCUUAUUCUGUUCAUAUCUAUCUAUCUAUCUAUCUAUCUAUCUAUCUAUCUAUCUAUCUAUCUAUCUAUCUAUUUGCAUAAGAGGUGCCGUCGAAAUCGAUGUUCGAUUUGCGCAUGGGUCACUACCAGAUUUCCCUGACACAUACGUUCAGACUUAA